AUGGGAUCAGUCGAUGUGGGAGAGUUGUCGUUGCCGCCAGACUCGUCGGGUCAACAAACACCGACGUUCUCCCAAAAGCUAGCUGAUACUCUGAAGGGGAAUCCAUACUUCAACGCUGGAGCCGGACUGGCUGGAAUAGGACUUGCAUUGGGUGUGCUUCGUCGAAGUGCUAUCAUUGGUAAUGCAUAUUUUCGUCGAAGAUUCAUGAUUUCGCUCCAAAUCGACAAUGAAGACACUGCUUAUCCGUGGUUGCUGGACUUCAUAAACAGGAGGAGUGCAAGGCAGACUAGAAACCUUUCUGUUAACACAAGAAUCUCGCAGACGGAAAGUGGAAGGACUGCCAUGAAAAUAACAUAUCUGCCUGGUCAUGGUCAGCAUUAUUUUGUGCACAAAUACAGAUGGAUCAAGGUAGAACGUCAACGAGAAAAGCAAACAAUUCAGAGGAAUGGUUACCGUACCCCUUUCGAGACCGUGACACUGACCACGUUGGGGACCGACACUUCGACUAGUCGUAUAUCAAGCUGUUGGUCCUCAAUGGUUACGAUUUGGGCCCGAGAUAUUGAGUCAGUCGUAUUAGAUGGAAAUAUCGCCCAAGAACUUGUCGCAGAUUUCCAGGAGUUCACGACUUCUUCACAAUGGUAUUCUGAACGAGGUGUACCCUAUAGACGCGGAUAUUUGUUUUAUGGACCACCAGGUACGGGUAAGAGCAGCUUCAUCUCUGCCAUAGCCAGCCACUUUGGAUACAGUAUUUGCAUGCUCUCACUCAGUGAAAGGACACUCGAUGAUGACAGACUCAACCAUCUCCUCAACACUGCACCCGUUAACAGUGUUGUGAUAUUAGAAGAUGUUGAUGCGGCAUUCGGUGCGCGAACUGAUCCUAUGGACAACCAUCCUGCCUAUCAAGGGAUGACGAGAGUAACGUUCUCUGGACUCCUGAAUUCCAUUGAUGGUGUUGGCUGCGCUGAAGAAAGGAUUCUCUUCAUGACUACAAACCACGUUGAUCGCUUGGACCCUGCUCUCAUACGUCCUGGCCGCGUGGACAGAAAGCAGUUUUUCGGCAACGUCACUGAAGGAAUGGCGAUGAAGAUGUUCACGAGAUUCUAUGGCCUAUCAUCUUCCGAUCCACUCUGCAAGGAAUUCGUGGCUCGCGUGAAGUCACUCGGACGUGAGCUCUCACCUGCGGAAGUUCAAGGGCACUUCCUGCUGUACAAAAACGCCCCUCAAACGGCAGUUGAUCGGAUUUCAGUGAAUUUAUGA